GACUUGUUGACAGUCUUGCAGUAAAUUAUUUUCGCCUGCCGGCAAUGAUCACGCUUCUUUUGGUUCUGGAUUGACCGUCUUGUCAUCCCAUAUAUUUUUCUUUCGCGCCGCUCCUUGGUCUCUAAUCUUCACCGUUGACUGACAGGAAGUUGGUAUUUUAAUUAUAUCACACUUUUAUUGGUUGCACCUUGUCUGACUCUGCAGUUGAGUGAGGUUCGGGCUCUUUGUCAGUGAAGGUGAUAGCUGGUGGCAGAUUGGGUUUGCACAUGAGGAUCUUCACAUGUUACCACCUUUCUCCCCCACGGUCGUUCUCCGCCAUGUCUUGCGGAUCGCUGUUCCUCUCUCGGUAGCACUUACCGUCUACCUCUACCUCUACCCCAUCUUUUCGACAUGCGGCUUUCCGCUGCCGCCUAACGCAGAUGGUAAAGCUCCUAGUGCGCGCGAGAUCUUUUGGGAGACGGUAAAGCUGCAUUACCCUGUGCUGGGAAAGUCGGCAACCCAAAGCAAUGUUUCCGAAAGCAGCGAAGAAUGGGUCGAGGAAGGAUCCGAAACCCCGAACGUCGCAGUACCCCGUGCGCCCGGCCGAAAUGCACCAUUCCGCCUCCUCGCCUUGGGCGAUCCGCAGUUGGAAGGCGACACGUCCCUCCCGAGCCACUACAUGGCCUCGCUGUUCCCGCACAUCGGCAAGGUCUGGCGAGACGCAACCUUCCAGACAUCCCACUACUCGCUACGCUGGCGCAUACGGCAGAUCAUCCACGACUUUAUCGACAUAUUCUGGAUCGACUUCUUCAACAACAUCGAGUCCAUCCGGAAGCGCAUCGACCUGUACGGAAACGAUUUCUACCUGGCCCAUAUAUACCGCUCGGUGAACUGGUGGACCAGACCGACACAUGUCUCGGUCCUCGGAGAUCUGCUUGGCAGCCAGUGGCUCACUGAUGAGGAGUUUGACCGGCGUGCAGACCGCUACUGGAACAGGGUGAUGCGCGGAGCGGAGCGGGUCCCGGACGAGGAGGCGACCUACCCGGCGGACGAGUACGACCUGGCGGGCUUUCUCCACAGCGGGGAUCCGCGCCUGCCUCCCAACAAUGGGACAAACGCUGUUUGGGCGAGGCGCGUGAUCAACAUCGCGGGCAACCACGAUGUUGGGUAUGCGGGCGACAUCAACGAGGACCGGAUGGCCCGGUUCGAGCGCCGCUUCGGCAAGGCCAACUACGAGCUACGCUUCGAGAUUCCCACCUCGGCUCUGUCUCCAAGGGCAGCGGCCACCGUCUUUGACGCCGAAGAAAACCCCCACUCUGACCGCCUCCUGCCGGAGCUCCGCCUCGUGGUCCUCAACAGCAUGAACCUCGACACGCCGGCCAACUCAUCGGAGCUGCAGGACGCGACGUACUCGUUUAUCAAUAACGUGAUCAACACGGCGUCGGCCGUCGAGUACAAGGGACACUUUACCGUGAUCAUGACGCACAUACCGCUGCACAAGCCCGAGGGCGUAUGUGUCGACUCGCCACUGUUCCAUUUCCACGACCACGACGGCAGCCUGCGCGAGCAAAACAUGCUCUCAGUCGACGCUAGCAAGGGCUUCCUCGAGGGCAUCCUCGGUAUGAGUGGCGACUCCAUGGCCCCAGGCAACGGGCGGGGACGGAAGGGCGUCAUCCUCAACGGCCACGACCACGCCGGUUGUGACACGUACCACUUCAUCAACCAAUCGCAUGGCGACGGCCCUGCGGACCGCAGCUGGGAGGCCAGGCGUUGGCGCGAGGCGGCGCUGAGGAGGAAGGCUCCCGAGGGUGCCGCGGCGGGCGAGGACCAGCCCCUGAUCGGCAGGCCCGACCACCCCGGCGUGCGCGAGAUCACGGUCCGCAGCAUGAUGGGCGACUUUGGCGGCAACGCGGGCCUACUGAGCGCCUGGUUCGACGAGGACGCCUGGGAGUGGCGCUUUGAGUACGCCACCUGCCCACUCGGCACCCAGCACCUGUGGUGGUUCGUUCACAUCCUGGACCUUCUCGUCGUCGUCGGCAUCCUCGCUUACCCUGUGGUCACGGUCGCGGAGAGCAUGGGAGUAUUUGCGACGGCUCUGGAAAAGUCCGGCGGUAAGGUCCGUGGACCCGCAACGGCCGGCAAAGCAGAGAAUAAUGAAACAGCUGUCAAGGUUGAGAAGCCUGUCGUCAAUGCAAAGGCUGGGCCUAAUGGGACGCUGGCACAGCCCUCGAUUGCUCCUUUAUGACGCUGUUUAUCAGCACUCUGACCGUCAUUAUGAAGCGGGCGAGUGCUGUUCAGCAGCGUCUGUAAUUUCUUCUGUAGUAUAUACCCUUUCAUUUUGUCUUAAUUACUCAUGUCGUCAUGUUUUUUUUUGUCGCGUAAUCUCUCCUUCGUAAUAAAGCACAAGCAAACAUUAAACAUCUAGAAGAUCAAAUCAAGAACCCAAUCUCGCGAGCGAA